UCCAAGCUCCUGUCCCUGAGGUGCCCCGCCCCACGCGCCGCCUGCUUCCUGGAGCUGCGGGGCCUCCGCGUGGGGAAAAUGAGCCGCAUCUACCACGACAGUGCCCUCCGCAACAAGGCGGUGCAGAGCGUGCGACUGCCCGGGACCUGGGACCCCACCACCCACCAAGGGGGAAGUGGCGUAUUGCUGGAGGGAGAACUCGUGGAUGUAUCCCGGCACAGCAUCUUGGAUGCCCAUGGCAGGAAGGAACGCUACUAUGUGCUGUAUAUCCAGCCCAGUUGUAUCCACCGGCGUAAGUUUGACCCCAAGGGAAAUGAAAUUGAGCCCAACUUCAGUGCCACCAGGAAGGUGAACACAGGCUUCCUCAUGUCAUCUUUCAAGGUGGAGGCCAAGGGCGACACAGACCGGCUCACCCUGGAGGUGCUAAAGGGCCUGGUAAAUAAGCCUGAGCUGCUGGAGUUGACAGAGAGCCUCACCCCAGACCAGACAGUCGCUUUCUGGAUGCCUGAGUCAGAGAUGGAGGUCAUGGAACUCGAACUGGGGACUGGAGUGCGGUUAAAAACUCGGGGUGAUGGCCCCUUCAUAGAUUCCUUAGCCAAACUGGAGCUGGGGACAGUGACCAAGUGUAAUUUUGCUGGUGAUGGAAAGACGGGAGCAUCCUGGACAGACAAUAUCAUGGCCCAAAAGUCUUCAGAGAGGAACACAGCGGAGAUCCGAGAGCAAGGAGAUGGGGCAGAGGAUGAGGAAUGGGACGAUUGAGGUGCCUCCUCUCCUACCAGCGUCUGUGAUGGUGUCACUGAGAAGUGGCCACGCCGACUUCUACCUUGGAGAGAUCGGUCUGUCAAGCUGAUUACCACUUAAUACACUCUGCGAAAAUCAAAUCCAAGACCUCACUCAAUACGCACCAAGGGUCCAGCUCUGGCUUUUAUAUGUCUGUGUCCUUCUUUGGAUGCAAGGCUAUUCCCCAGACCUAUUGUCUCCUGUGUUCCUUUCCCUAGGUGGUGGACAUGUACUGGGUGAGUCCUCCAAGGCACACAAUUGACAAAGGCUCCUUGUCUGAGUGCAGAGGAGCUCCGGGAGUAGGAGAGCAGGCUCCUUUCAUUCCUGUGCUUUUAUCCUUUCCUUCCUUUCUACCCCGUGUGAGCCUUCUUGUUGUGCCUCUGUUCUCUUGUCCCUCCAUCUUCUCUUCCGUGCUCCACUCCCAAGACACCACUUCUUUAUUUCUAUUUGGUUCUCAACCUCCAUGGGGUUUCCUGCCUUAGACCUCUGUCUUGGGGUUCCUACUGCUCUGAUAAAACAUCAUGACCAGAAGAAACUUGGGGAGGAAAGGAAAGGAUUUGUUUUACUCACAGUUCCAUAGAACAGUUCAUCAUCAAAAGCAGUGAGGGCAGGAACUCAAGCAAGGCAGGAACCGGAGGCAGGAGCAGGAUCCAUGGUGUGCUGCAGACUGGCUUGCUCAGCCUGCUUUCUUCUAGAACCAGGGCCACCAGCCCAGUAAUGGUACUACCUACGACGGGCCGGGCUCUCCCCCAUCAACCACUAAUUACAAAAAUGUCCUACAGUCGGAUCUCAUGGAGAUAUUUUCUCAAUGGAGGUUCCCUCUUUCAGGGUACACUACCUUCUGUCAAAUUGACAAAAAGCUAGUCAGCACAGACCUAUCUGGCUGCUGUCCUAAACAUGUCGUUCUUGGGAAGGCCUACAGCCUUUCUAGCAGUGUCUGGUUGGUCCACAGGUCUUGACUCAUUCCACUGGGUCAACUUUAUAUAUAUGUAUUUUUUUAUUAUUUUUUAAAUAGUGCUGGUACUCAAGCCUAGCACUGCAUGCUUGCUAAGUGAGUGACCUACCACAGUCUACACA